AUGAGCGGAGUGUACAAUGGUCUCACUGCCAAACUGUCAGCCAUAGUACCAACUCACAUUCAUACAUGGUGCUACGCACAUGUACUAAAUUUAGUACUCUCCGAUGCAGCACAGGUCUUACCGUCUACGAUAUCAUUUUUUGGAUUACUUCAAGAAGCACAGGUUUUUUUGAAUGAAUCGUUGAAAAGGCAACAGAAGUAUAAAGAAGAAAAUCCAGCCUUCAAGCUGGGAGCAAUUGGAGCUACACGCUGGCGCAGUCGAAGCGAUGCCUGUGUUAAAAUCUUUGGGCGAAUUGAUAACUGGGUAUUGGAACAAUCUCAGCCACCAAAAUAUGUGUUUUACGAGCUGGCUGUGGCAUUGCAUAGCAUGUCUUUGUCAAACGAAUUCAACGCCAAAGUGAGGGCUGAGGCCUCAGGAAUUCUCGGUAAAUUUUUAAACUUCGAAACAAUAGUUAUAGCCAUGACAUUUCUUCAAAUAUUUAAAAUUACAACACCAUUAUCAGAUUAUCUCCAAACCAAAAACCUAGAUUAUGCCCAGGCAUGGAGAUUGGUGGAGUCAGCUGUUAUUAGACUAAUAGCAAUACGAGAUAAGUUUGAUGAAACUUUAACGGCAGCUAAAACAUUUAUUUUAAAGUUCAAAGAAAAGGUCGAUGCAUCUAAUGAACAGGACACCCUUAACAAUAUGACCAUUGAAAAUGAUUUCAAAAAGAAACGUUUAAAGAAAGUCAACAAAAUGCCUGGAGAAAUUUGUGAUGACGAAAGAAUUGAAUCUCCUGAAAGUUCGUUUAGAGUUAAUGUUUUUAACUGUAUUGUCGAUACCGUUAUUCAAACAAUGAAAAACAGAUUUGUGAAACAAAAAUCUUUGUACUUGGACUUGGCCUUAUUCGAUCCUAAAAGAUUUCCACAAACCAUAGAAAAACUUCCAGAAAAUGCAUUCGACAAAAUUUGUGAGUUGGUUGCUUCACUAGACAAGGAUAAACUUCGUGAAGAAAUGGCAUCUUUCAUAAAUGUUUGGCCCACUAUAAGUAGGAAGACCAUAGAGCAAGAUUACACCACUGACGUUUUCGAAAAUCCUGAUACUUAUGGAGGUGACUACGACAACGAUGACACUGAAUUCUUAGAGUGCAAUGUUAAAAAUAAAUGUAAUACGUGCAUAAAGUGCGCCUUUGAUGUGAUAGUUGAAUACAACAUGUACAGUCUCCAGUACACAGAACUGUAUAAAGUGUACAAAUACUUACUGACAAUCCCAUUAACACAGGUAACCUGCGAACGGGUGUUCUCAAAAUUAAAGUUACUAAAAACUAGACUAAGAGCAACUAUGAGUAAUGAAACUUUAGAAGCAUUUAUCUUGAUGCAUACUGAAAGAGAUAAUAUUGAAUGGCAUCGAAUCUGA